UGUAAACAAAAACAAACAAGCGGGAUAAUGAAACAAGAAAAGACUGACAAGACGUGUUCAAUAAUACAAUCGUUCAAAUUAAAGGAAAAGUUUUCAAAUGAAAGUAUUUGUAAAUAACUUUUUAAUUUCAAGAUUUAAAUUGCAAGCUGAUUGAAUAUUUAGAAUUUUAUUUAGAUUGGAAGAUUUUAAAUUUUCUUUUUACAGUAAUAACAAAACGAUCAAAAAAAUUUGAAGGGAAUGUUAAGAAAAAAGACGGAAAAUGGAUUUAGCCGAUUACAGCAUUUUGAAGAAAGAAAUUUUCGAUGAUGUUUAUGAGCCUGCUGAAGAUACUUUUAUUCUCAUUGAUGCUUUAGAAAAAGAUCUCGAUCAUAUAAGGAAAUUGGGGCCUGGCAUUUGUUUAGAAAUUGGAAGUGGCUCUGGAGUUGUCACUACAUCCCUUGGGAAAGUUUUAGGAUAUCCAUAUUUCUUAUGUACAGAUAUAAAUCCUCUUGCAGCAACUGCAACAAAAGCAACAUCUACUAGCAAUGAUGUACCAGUUGAUAUGAUUAUUACAGAUUUGGUGUGUGUAUUGGAGGAUAGGUUAAAGAAUGCUGUUGAUUUAUUAAUUUGCAAUCCACCUUAUGCAGUUACUCCAAGUGAAGAAGUUGGUGGUAGUAAUACACAUAAAGCUACUUCUGGUGGAAUAAAAGGCAGAGAAGUUAUUGAUAGGAUCUUACCCCUUGUAUCCAAACUUUUGUCCAAAAAAGGAUUGUUUUAUCUGACAUGUAUAGCUCAAAAUGAUGUAGAGGACAUUUCUAGAUGUAUGAGAUGCCAUGGUUUAAAAAUGACCAAAAUCCUGGAAAGACGAUGUGGAAUCGAACGUUUAAUUGUGCUUAGAUUUUCUUUUAAUGAUUCUGUUCUGUGAUAUUUAGGAAAUAAAUUAUAUUUUUGAUCAA